AUGGACAUGGAUUACGACCGCAAGUUCGAGGAGAUGAAGAAGUACAUCCCAUUUUUGGAAAGCAUGAUUAAAAGACUGGAGAGCACCGGCACAACAUCAACAAAUCCAAGACAGGCACAGCUUGCUAAAAUUAGAUCUUUAAGAAUGAAAAUGGAGAAUUUGUUGAAAUGUGAACAAGUAUUAGUAAAUUUGUAUGCAAAAGUCGAACAGAGAGAUUUGUUCACGGAUACAAAGAGUGAUAUGAAUAAAAGUGUUAACACACAAAAUGUCGAAUUGGAUUUUGUGCAAAAUAAACUUAAAACUGUAGCAUCAAAAUUGCAAGAUCCAGAACCAUUGCCUGAGAUAGCAAGAGCUAGUCAGACCGAGGAAACCUGUACAGCUGACAGUAAGGAACCAGCGUUGUUUCAAAGAAGACCAAACAAAAAUUCUAUAUCCCCAACUCGAGGUUCUCUAGAUGGUAGUAGAGAUAUUUUAUCACCAUCAGGUAGAAGAAGUUACACUCGCGUUCUUAUGUCUCUAAAUACUAAAGAUAUAUUGUCAAGGAUAAUUAAUUGUAGUGACGGUGACGUAGAUAUAGAUACAUUACGAGAAUUAAGAACUCAAAUUCUUUCCGAAUUAAAACAAACGGGUGCAAAAGAUGAAGUUGAAGAAGGGGAACUAUCUGAUAGCGAAAGUGAAGUUAUUGAGAGCAUAUAUGGCAGCUUAGUGAUAAUGGAUAAAGAUCAAGGUAAUACAAGCUGUGAAAAAAAAUCAUUAGAUCUAGAAUCGACUGCAAAACAAGAAGUUGUUCAUGAAAUAGAUAUAUUACAGGCAUUAAAAAAUGAAAUAUUAAGUGAGAAAAUAUCUUUAGACGAUUCUGAAACCGUGACACCCCCAUUACAUCAACCAAAAGUUACAAAAGUGGCUAAUAUAGAAGAAAUAGUAUCGAAGAAAAGGUUUUCCAUUGAGAAGUAUAAACAAAAGUCUAUAUCAGCGUCCAAAUCGUCGACUUUAAUAAACGAUGCUAAUAGUAAUGCCUAUAGAGAUGAACUCUCAAAGAAACAAAGCAUAAAAUUAACUGAAAAGGAAUUUGAACGAUUUAAUUUAUCAAGUAAGUUAGCACUAGGAGAAAGCUCUAAGGAUAAAGAAUUUGGAAAAAGAAGUCCAACUAAUGACGAUAUAUAUGGUGACUUAGCGCCAAAGUCACCAGAUCAUGAAGACUUUGCUGAUACAGGGAUUAAGCCGCCAGUAAUAAUUCCAGCAGACGCUCCAAUAUGUUCAGUUGUAGAAAAACAUGAUCCUAAUGACGCUGUUAGUAACGAUUUUCAAAAUCCAUUAUACAGCGAAGCCAAUUCUACUAUGUUUAAUCGUUUAGAGUGUUCACAAACACCUAUGAAUUCAUUUGGAACCUCAGAUUGUCCAUCAACUCUUACCCAUACUUUUGGACUAUUAGAAACACCAAUGACUCCAAUUCAUACAUUUGGUAGAUCUGACAUGCCUAUGACUCCCGUGCCCUCUUUUGGUAGAGCUGAUUGUCCGCCUACACCUAUUCAUCCAUUUGGUAGAACAGAAGUAAUGAUGACGCCAAGCCAUCCAUUUGGGGUAACGGACUUUUCUCAAAAUCAAAUGCCAUCACAAAUGUCAUCGAUUAGAUACAACAAGGUCCAGGAUCCAAAAAUUAAUAGAAGUUUGGAAUACGAUAAUUUGUCAAAAUACAACGAUAUGAAAGAUUGUGGCAAAUAUCAAGAACGUAAUUUUGAUUACAGAAAUUAUAAAUAUGACGCACCAAAACGAGCCUAUGCAGAUUCAUAUCGAAACUACGGCAGGGAACAAAGUGUUGGUCGUAAUGAUAAAAAUGCAACAUUUGAGCGAAUUGAGAAUCGUCACGGUGAAAGACCUCGUCGUGAAAACAGUAGUGGACUUUUAAAUAGAAGUUAUGAAGUUGAUCGGAAUUAUUCUCAUGACCGCGGUAAAGCUUAUAGAGAUAGAGAUCACCGUAUUGAUAAUGACGGUGGUAAAAUUUAUUACGAUCGUGAUUCGCGUUGGAAUUAUAGAAGAGAACAUAGCGUUGGCCGGGCUGUUCCAGAGAAUAGACACAUAGGUAAACAUUAUGAAAGAGAAGUCCGACCUGAAAACUCAUUAUGUGUUCAAUCAUAUGCAGGUUUUUCGUUCACUAUUGACACGAGCGUUAGCAGAAGUUUUCAGGAAAGUAUUGAAAACCUAAAGAAAGAUUCAAUAUCUGAUUCUAACUUUGAUGUAAGAAGAAGACGUGCAUCUAGCAUUGGAAGAUCUUUGAUUCGCGAACCUAGUAUUGGAAAGGAGUUGCCAAGUUUAGGUAAUUCUCAUAUAUCUAAUAAUAAGAAUAUUAGUGACCUAUUUCAGAAUGAUGAAAAUAACAAACACAAAAAUCAUGUUGACGUAAUCAGUGAAAAUAACGGUGAGGUUUCUACAACAGAAAAUGAAAACCCAUUAGUUCAGGCAGAUAUUCUUUCUCCAUCUAAAGAAACUAUUAGCCAAUUAGAAUCAUGUUCUACACCUGAUAGUACUAUAGAUGUAAAUGAGAAUACCCAAGAUAAAGUAGGUGAAGAAACGGUGCCUGAUAGUACUAAUGAAUUGGCUUGUGAAAUAAGCUCUGAUAUUACGUCUACCCAUGAUUCACAUGAAGUAUGUGAAAAAGCACAAACUGAAACUAGGGUAUCACGUAUGGAGUUAUCACAUCCUACUGAUCAUAUUGGAAGUUUGCUAUCUAUUUUAAAAGAUAAAUCAAAAAUAAAAGAACUACUUACAAUGUUAAAAGAUCAACCUAGUGAAAAUGAAAAACUGAAGAAGAAGUUAGAAAAGCUAAGUGAAAUAGUCUCCGAUGAUGAUGAUUCACCACACGAUGAAUCGAAUUCGGUGCAUAAUGUAAAAAUAAAUAUUUCGGCUUCUAAUAAUAAUAAUGAAUUAGAAUCCGUUGGGAAUAGUGGUGUACAUGCUGAUACAACACUCGCAGCAGAUAAUGAUUCUUGUGAAAAGAACGAGCAGAGUAUGCGAAACAAAAAUAAUGUAGAGGACAUUUUAGAUGUCCAAUUUAAAGACCGUGAUUGCUCAUGGUCUUUAAAUGCUACAAGUGCAGAGAACUGCGAAGGCAAAGAGCCUUUCGAAGACACAAAGCAAAAUACUAAAAAUGAUGAUGGUAGAGUAGAAGCUGUAUCAUGUAAAAAAUCCACAAAGAUUAAGAAAUCUACUAAAAAGGCAAAGAUUAAAGUAAAAAAUAUUACAUCGGGUGACAAAAAAAGGCUUACACGUUCUGAAUCAGCUAAUUUGAAAAUGAAUAAACCAGCUAAUAUAAAGAACGGAAUUUCUUCCAGGGAAUUGAAACAACUUCAGGAUGAUAUCAAAGAGAUGUUCUUGCACGAUGAUGUCUUUAAUGCUGGUAUAAGAAUGUGCCGUUUGGCUAAAUUGGUUGAAGAUAAGCCCAUAGACAAAGGUGAAACACAGAAUAAUGAAAAUAGUCCUGUUGUUAUUCUUGAAAAAAUUAAAGAAUGUUCGGAAGAGACAACCAUAAAAGGCAAAACUUCAAAGAAAAAAGCAACUUCCAAAUCAAAAAUGUUACAGAAAGAAGUAUUUGAUAGCGAAAAUAAGACAGAAAGUAGUAGCGAAAAUAUAAAUUCAGAACUUAAACUGCCUAUUAAAUAUAGACCUGGGCCUAAAUCGAAAACAAGACUGCUAGACAAGCAAGCGGAAGUAGACCCUUAUAUUUUUGAAUCUAACUCAGUGAGUGAAUCAAAUGCUACAAAUAUUAGUGAAACUAAACCUCAUAUUAGCUCCGACUCAGAAUGCGAAUCUCUUGAAUCAUCUAAAAGUUUUGGAAGUACAGAACUUUUAGUAGAAUUAAAGAAAAAACCAAAACGAAAACGUCGAGGAUGGCAAGCAGGUGUAAUUAAACCUAAACAUAAGAAAAAGAAAACUGACCUUUGUCACUCUCAAUCUGAUACAAACAUGCAAGUUAUGCCUCAAAUUCCUGACUUAAAUUGUUUUACUAAUAAAACGUACUGUUUCUAUAAAAAUGUAAGUGUCUAUUCGUGUCGUCUUUGCCUUUAUAAUGGCAAUGAUAUAGUUCAUCAUUACAAGAAGCAACAUCCGCACUCAGAGAUUCCCUUGUCCCGAAUGAGCCCAGAAGUUGCUAAAGAGGCCAUAGAACAGUGUGAAGAAAUAAAUUUUCACGCUAUUAGUAAAGUAACUACCGAUAAAUACGUCUGUCUAUUCUGUUUUAAAGAAUUAAAAAACACCAUAAAGAAAAAAACCGUAUUGGAAGAAUUUUUUUGGCACGUUGUCAGUAUGCAUACGGGUGAAUACAAGCAACUAUGUUCGGAAUGUAUUAAUGUCUCUGGAUGUCCAUCCAAUUUUGACAUUCCACCUCCUCCCAAAGAGCAAAAAGGUCAACUUAUAGGUUAUAUUUGUGGAAAAUGCAAUUUUACACAAAUAUCCCUUGAAAAUUUAAAGACUCACGUCGUUAACCGUCAUAAUGAUGAGCAAACUGAAGUUUAUACAAUUAAUUUAGCAGUCAUGUCAAAGAAAACUUUGUUGGCUUUCAGUAAGUGUACAUCAGAACAGCCUAGGACGCUAAGGAGCAGUCGUUUAAAUCAAAGUACUGUGGAAACAAAUGACGAACAUAGUGAUUUUAAUGAGAGCAGUGAUAAUGCAACUGAACCAAAUAAAGUAACAACAAUUCCAUUGAAAGAGGAAACUCUAAUCGAAUUGCAGAAAAACAAACGUAAUAAAAUUCAAUCACGAAUUACCUUUGAAAAUGAUGACGCUACCAACGAGUUAUGUGAAUUAAACGAGAAUAAAAGUGUAAAAAUUGAACAGGAACACGUAAUUAAUGCUCAAGAUUCGUCACCAUAUAACGAGCCGGUUGAUGAUGCACCCAUUGCAUAUAUGGUAGCUGAAUCUCAUGAGACCAUCAAGAAUGUAGAGUAUAAUCAGCCACCUACAUCAGAUGAUAUUUUGGAUUACCCUCAUUUCAAAAUCAACUUUACAGAAGCUGGUACCAAGGAAUAUGUGUGUUGUAUAAAUGGAGUAGAAAGUCACUAUCGGACAGCACUAUUAAUAUCAUUUAAGAAACAUGUUCAGAUAAAACAUCCAGAAAAAUGGGAUGGCUUUUGUUUUCUGUGUAAACUGAUAGUCACUCCUCAAGGAAAUCACAAUUUCAAAGACUGUUUGCAGCAUUUUCUUGACAAACAUUUUGAUAAUUUUCCGACUAUGGAAAAAGUGGACGAUAAAAAGAAUAAUAUGGAAACGUCUGGUGUGAAACCAAAAAAGAACUAUUUGAAUGUUAGACCGUUAUCAGAGCUUAUAUCUCAAUCAGAAAUUCAACCAGAACAACAUAAACUGCCCAUUAUAGAGAGUGUUGUUAGUUUAGGAGGCUCGACAGAUGAAGCAUCUUCGGGAAUUAAUGUCGAUACAGCCGAAAUAAGAAGUAACGAAAAAGAAUUUAAAUAUGAAGAAGCGCAAGCGGAAAUAAUUGCAAAGAAAUAUAAAGUUGUGUUAGAUGUUAUGUUAAACCGAGAGAAAUUAGUUCAUAUAUUUAAGUGCGCUGGUCGAUUUUGUAGUUAUUCGACUGACAAUGCUGAAGAUGCUCUCCGUCACGCGGUAACUCAUGAACGAGUAGGUGGAGAAAAUUCAUUGAGUUGUACUUAUUGUGAUUUCGAUUCUUCAAAGAACGCCGUUGAUUUAGUCACGCAUGUUUUUAAAACGCACGGUUGUUGCCAAUAUGUGUGUGGUCAUUGCUUCUAUCGAAGUGCAGCGAGUCAACUUGUUCGUGCGCAUGCGUCAAGAAUACACGGAAAGGCGCCUGGACAGAGCGUUAUUCUUAGGACUACAGUCACAGCACGCUCUGAUACGGAAUAUAAGAUUUUGCCUCGAGAAAUUGCUGUUCCCUUCUUCGCUUGCAACCAAAAUGUAAUGGAUGUCAAAUGCAAUUUUAAAACCUACACGUCGGGUAAAUUUUAUGAACAUUUGCAAAUAAGACAUCAGUUGGAUACAUCAUUUUUGUGUUUCAUGUGCUCAGAGGUAUUUACAAAACCUGUAGAUUUGCUUCAACAUUUUAAAAUUCAUGGAUUUAAACUCUAUCAAUGCACGUGGUGUGUACACGGUGCUGAAAAUGAAACUGAGUUACUGGCGCAUGCCUCAGAAAAACAUCCAAAUAAGCAACCUCAAGCUUAUCUAAGAGUAAUUACUAACAAGGAAGGAACUCCUGGAUUUAGGGUGCUUCCUUUGGCUCAUCUUAAUAAUUCAAACAUUACUACAAUUGAUGUGAAACCAAAUAAUGUUAGAAAUAAUCCUGAAAGGGAAGCAGAGAGGUCAAUAGACUUAGAAAAACUUAUUGGCCAAAAAACACAAAUGAUUGAAUCCAUGGUAACGUCUUCCCAAAAGGAAAGUACCGAAAACUGUACAUUUAAGGAACAAGAAACAGUUAGCAUGCCUUCAUUUGAACUUGGAUCCCUAAGUCAAGCCCAAUGUCAAGAGUCACUGGUUUUAGCCUUACAGUCGUCAUUGUGUGAUAAAACUCCAGAAACUUCGGUAUCAAGUGAUGUAGGCCCAGCGCCAAUUUCGGCUGAUCUUUCUCGUCCAGAGACCCCUAAUUUAGCAAGCCAACCAAUUAAUAGUGAUGUUCAUAACCAACUAACACCUGUACUUAAGGGAGAACCAGAACCAAACACGCCUGAGAAGACGGACUCUGACGUCGUUUAUUGCUUAGACAGCGAUGAGGAAAUUUCUAAUGAAAACGUGGUCGACCUUUCCAGUGAAGAAUCUCCAUUAGUUGCAGUUGUGAAUGACAAAUCCGAAAAACUCGACAAAGUACCAUUGUCACGUUUAUUCAAAUGUAGUCUGUGUGGUAUCAUCCUGAAAAGUACCUCUGGGUUUAAAAGGCAUGUAUCCGCUUGCCAUACAGAGGCAACAAAUCUGCUUCCAUGUGCAUAUUGUCCAUUUGUGGCUCAAAGAGAUCUUGUGGCCAAACACUAUUUAUCUGAUCACUGUUUGAGUCGAAAGGAAACCACGCGACGUUAUGUAUGUGGUGUUUGCAACAAUAAAUAUAUUUCGUUUACAUUUGUGAAAACACAUUUAAAGGUAGAUCAUAAUUUGUCGAAACUGGUUGUAACAUCCAAGUUAGUUACAAAUGGAGAGUACCAGUUUGUCGUAAGCGAAGCUAGUAAACAAAAACAGGUUGCGAAGAGAAAGCUUUCCAAUGAUAAUGAGGAUAAAAGUUUACAGCCUGUGUCUAAAAUGAAAAAAAUUGGCCCGAAUUAUGUGAAUCUAUUACCCAUUAACCCAAUUCUCGAUGAAUUAGUUUACUGUUCCCUCUGUGAAUUUAGUACAAAAGUUCGGUUGAAUAUGGUCAGACAUCUCCAACUUCACACUGAACAGCAGCCAGUACCGCAAACAGCUCCAGUCAAUCCCGUUCCCCACUUGGAAACAAACGAAAAACACUUUGAUAAAAUGGUUAAUCUCGCUUCCAGUUCUAUAGCGUCUAGAGCUCCGGAAAAAUUGAAUAAAACUGAUCGGCAUCCGGUGGUUAAUCUACUCAUACCUCCUGAAGCAGCUUCACGGUAUCCUAAAUACGUACCGGAUCGACAACGGUAUACGUGCGGUGCUAAAGGAUGUUGUUACAUAUCUGUAGAUGAAACGAUGCUAAAAUACCAUUGGGAGACAUUACAUUCAGGCACAAAUGACUUCCACUGCGUACAUUGCCCGCCUUACCAACACUUGGAUACGACCAAGCCAUUAACCGCCUGUCGAAUAAUUGCUCACCUUAAAAUGCACGAUAUUAGAUUAUAUGCGUGUUCAUCCUGUUCCUAUUAUCAUCACAGAAGACAGGUGCUUGAUAAACAUAUUGCUGAGAUCCAUAGUACGGGUCAUGUUAUGGUGGUUAGAGAAGAAAGUGUUUCCCAAACUCUAAAUGUAAGUCAGCCAUCAACAGUAGCACCAACAAUGGAUUUGAAGCCGUGGCAAUGCGGGCUUUGCAAAUUCAAGAGCAUGCUCCGCCCUGAAGUGGUGGAGCACUGUGCCAAAAUUCAUCAGUCUAAGAUGCAAUACAAAUGCACGUACUGUGCUUUUCGAACAUCGACCUUAGAAAAUAUUACGAAACACCAGUCCAAAUCGCACGCUGGCAAAGCCCAGGAGACAUUCUAUUUUUACUAUCGUGAAGGGUCUAUUCCCGAUGAGCCUGAUGGUACUCCGCGGUGGCAGAAGCAACGACAGAAAAGUAGUGCUACUGAAACUGAAGUAAAAACUGAGACGAUAGAACGUACAGAAUUGGAAUCGCAAAGUGAAUUAACGAAAAACGUGCCACAAUCUCCUGCGAGACCUACAGUAGACUUAAAUAUAGUAAAACAAGACCCAGAUGCAGUAACUGUACCUGCACACACUACGCAAGAUCUAUGCAAAACAUUUGGUCAGUUCUGUGAACCCAAUGGCUUGAAGUGGGGCUGCGGAUUUUGUUCCUAUAAGGCGUUCCAUAAAAAUGGUCUCAAUGAUCACAUGCUUACAGAACACAGAAAUAAUCGUGAACCUAUUGAACUGCCAGUUGACGUCAGAGUAGAGACAUGGAUCGCGAAACUCUUGGACCAUCAAUUCCUCCUCAUUGAGAAAAAUAAACAAAAUUUGACGAAACAAAGUACUGCUGUAGUACCCGUUAAUUCGGCUCCUACAACAUCCAAGUCCCAAGACGCACAUAUGAAUGUUCCCGAAAGUGAUAAUGGGCAUAGUGAGGAAGAACUUGAGAAAAUGUUUGGUACUUUUGGAACAUCUGAAAACAAGAGUUUCAAUUGUCCUAAGUGUAGUUUAAAAAUUAGAGAAGAAAGUGCUAUGCGAGAUCAUUUAGAAAUUGAAUUAAACAAAAUUAGGUGGUGGUGCAAUAGCUGUACAGAGAAAUUCCAGAACUAUCACGAGGCGCAAUUUCAUUGUAAAAGUGUUCACCCAGGAAUAACUGCUCGGGCCAUCGAAGCAGUUAGGAACGUGGGGAUGCAUUCUGCUUGGAUUUCUGCAGUUAUACGCGCGCAAAAACUUAGUAUGAACCACCUACCCGUAACAGAAAACACCGACUCGGACGAAACCAUGGCAAAUAGUCUUGCACAAGAUAAUUCUCUAUUAGUAGUUCGAUACGAAGAGAGGGUUCCUACACCAGACAUACAGGUAAUUCCAUCCAGGACUUCAGGCGCUGAGAGUGAUGAAGAUGAAGAAAAACUAGUUAUUGACGAAGUGUUUAAUAAGGUGGCCUCCAAACAGUGCCCAUUCUGCAUUUAUACAUGCCAGGACAUCAGGGAGUUAAAGGCACAUGUGGUGGGUCAGCAUAAUAAUAUUAAGCCUUACUUCUGUUUCUACUGCGAUUUCAACGGUUAUAGAAAGACUGUGGUGAACUCCAGACAUGUAAGUCAAAAACAUAAAGACAAACCUCUGGUGUUCUUGACCAAGGGUCAGAGGAUUUUGGGUGGCCCUACAAGCGCUAAUGCUGUAUCGGUAUCAGCACCAGUUGCAGUGAAAGAUGAUGCUACAAGACUGAUUUGUUUGCGAUGUGAAAAACCAUUUAACGAAAACGAAGCGAAGACGCACUUUCACGACAAUACAAAGCCUAAAUUUGCAAAAACGGGCCAGACGGUUGUAAAGUGCCGCGUGUGCUUGACUCUUCAUGAAAAUAUAGAUGAGGCAGCUGCUCAUCAUCAUACAAGCCACCCAAAUAACACUUUUAAGUAUAUAACUUUUAAGUUGCAUUGUAACAAGAGAAGCAUCUUCUCCUGUGCAUACUGCGAUCAGAAUUUCUCAGUUUGGGCAGACCUAAAAGUCCAUUGGAGGCUAGUCCAUAGCUCAUUGCCGUUUAAGUUUAACAAAGGUCAAUGUGCAGGUACUGCUUCUGAUGUAGUUAUAAAUUUGUCUGAUGAUGAGGAGACAGGAGUAAAGAGAAAGAGUGAAAGUAUACUAAUAAACCCAUCUCCUUCAAAGAUGUGCGCAAGAAAAUCUACCACGAAAUUACCAAUUCAGGUAGUAGCAAAGAAAUCCACUACGAAACUACCAUUUAACCUUGAAUCUGAUUCGGAUGCUAUGGAAUAUUCGUUCUAUGGAUCGAAGCCUCAAGUAGAUGAUUUGGAUAAUGUCACAACAAACAUGUCUUUCUGUAAUACGGUUGUGCCAUUUACAUUUAAGAAACUGAGUGAAGUCAUUCGUAUUAAUCCUACAGUGCUUGUAGAAGAUAUCAAGAAGUGA